CGACGAGAAAUAGUUUUGUAAUGAGUGUUAGUGUUUCGGUGGUUUCAUGUCAUGAUAGUCACUACUUUUAGGAAAAUAACUGGGAAUAUAUAUCAGGAAAAUAAACACAUCAACGUAAUGGCAACAAAGUCAUCAAAGAGGAAUGAUUCGGAAGUGUCCGAUAAGUUGAGAGAAAUUAAACAGAUGCAAUCAAACUGGAUGCAUCAGAGAGCCAAAAUUAAGGAAUAUGGUGAAGAUUCUAGUGUACCAAGGGAGACCAAGGCUAGAACAAAAUCUCUUAAGAAAACAGAAGACACAUCAAACAAAUCAAAGAAUGCAAAGAAAGAAUCAGAUCCCUGUGUGUGGAUUGUUGGUAGUGGUCAGAAGAAGACAAAAACCAGUAGUUUGAGGACAAGAUCAGCAUCUCCAGUAAGCCGUCAUAGUAGUAGUAGUGGAAGUACUGGUAGUAUCAGUAGGGGACCUAGUAGAACAAACAGUGGUAAACCACCAACACCAAAAACUGCAUCGGGUAAUGCCAGAUUAAAGAAAAAAAGUUUGAACAAUGAUAUAGAAGAUACCCAUGUAGCGCAGCAGACACAUAUGAAACAAAACUCUGAUUUUGACGUUGUGGAAACUGUGACUCGUACCGCUGCAGAGGUCCCUGAUGAUCAUAGAACUAUACAUUCUGUGAAAACUGAAUUGUCAGAUAUCAAAGAAAAGCUAGCUACUCGUGACAGUCAGGGGCUUAUGGCUCCAGAUAUGUUUGACAAACUAGCUGAUCAGAUUGCAAAUCGAGUAAAAGCCGAACUGGAACAUGAAAGGGAGCAGGAAUUAUAUACAAGACCAACACGGACAGUGGCUGCAGUGGAAGAUGAUGUUAUGGCAAGUCACAGAUGUGAGAAGUGUAAACAAUUAAUGGUGCCACCAGAUCACACUCCGACAUUGUUAAUACCAUGUGGUCAUACUCUAUGUGAAGCAUGUGCAGAAGACAGAAUCAAGUGUCCAACUUGUAGAACAAAGGGUGAGUUAGUUGUCUAGUGACUUGAUAUCUAUUUGUCGACAUUACAUUCCAUUAAUCUGAAAUGUAGGUAGCAUUGUGUACUGUUCUUUGGUGUGAGACUUAAAUUCUGGUGAGAUGGUUUUGAUUGUACUGUAAUUCUACAGGGGGAGGGGUUCUGGUGAGAUAGUUUUGAUUGUACUGUCAUUCUACAGGGGAGGGGUUCUGGUGAGAUGGUUUUGAUUGUACUGUAAUUCUACAGGGGGAGGGGUUCUGGUGAGAUAUUUUCGAUUGUACUGUAAUUCUAUAGGGGAGGGGUUCUGGUGAGAUGGUUUUGAUUGUACUAUAAUUCUACAGGGGGAGGGGUUCUGGUGAGAUGGUUUUGAUUG